CGAGGAACAAUAACAUUGCGAACGGGAGGCUGUGCUAAGAUGGUGCUCCGAAAUUGUUUAGUGCUAGCUCUGGUGGCCCUAAGUCAAGUGUCCGGGACCCCCAGUGGCUAUGGUGUGAAAGGCGGAGCGGGCGCGGUGGCUAAAGCGGAGGCCAGCGCAAGUGCUGGUGCUUUCGGCGGUCUGCCACCAAUACCUGUUCCGAGUGGGGCCGGAUUCUCGGGGUCAUAUUCAAAAUCAUCGGCGUCUAGCUUCGCCUCAUCAAGUGCAAGCGCAAGCUCCAGCUCCUUCAGCUUUACCGGCAGUGGAGCCAAUGCUGUCAACGGCUUCGGCUUAAAUGGAGGCUGUUCUACUGGCUCGUGCGGAUGUUCCACCGGAGCAUGUCAGAAUAAUGGUGGCAAUGACAUUAAAACGUCCAACGGCGAACAGGGCAAUUAUGGCACAGCUGCUCAAUCUACAGCCAACAGUAAUGGCAAUGAUUGCUCUUUUGGACAGUGCGGUAUCACGCCUAGUUUAGGCUGUUCUGGUGCAGACUGCUCUACAUAUGAUAAUAAAGGAAUUCCUAGCAACGACUGCAAGUCCGGGAAUUGCGGACAAACGGGCUCAUCGAAUGACAUAUAUGUAAACGUUCCGGGAAGGUCUACCAAGAAUCCUGAGGAACCUUACAAUUACGGUACAUCUGGUAACGGCCAAAAUAUUCCUACUAAUGGCAAACCCUCAACUUUAGAGCCGGAAUGCAAUUCUUACGAUUGCAUUUCACCCUCGAAAAACCCAGCAACUGAUGAUGAGAAGAGACCGUCUAGUUACGAUGUACCUAUUUUUGGAACUACUAUUCCCAGCUAUUUCCCAGAUAGCAAGGAACCCUGUACUUCACCUGAUUGUCAAGGCAAUGAUAGCUUAAAUGGAAAUCCAAUUAAGCCUGGCUACAACAGUAACUUGCCAGUGACGUCGUCGACACAAGAGUGUGCUGGUGGUAUUUGCACAUCGCAAACGGCUGCUCCGUCUACAAAUAAUCUCUCCCAAAAACCUUUAACAUCAUCUUAUAAUGUACCUUCAAGUUGCACCGGUCCAAAUUGUGGUACUUCAAAUUCAGUAAAUGUUCCUAGCAAUCUACCAUCCUACAAUACUCCUGGAAAUUGUGGUUCGUUGGGAUGUGGAAAUGCCGCGCAACCAGAGGCCACCAGUUUUAAUUUCCCUCAAUCAUAUGAACAUUCUGGAAAAUCCUCUACACCCAGCCAAGAUUACUUUUCUUCUGUAGGAUUUCCAAAAUGUGAUGGACCAAACUGUGGUACUUCAGACUAUCCGAGUACGAACUCAAAUACGAAACAGCCGUCUACGUUUAAAUAUCCCGGAAACUGCGGCUCUUUAGGAUGUGGCUUGACUCUACAAUCGGGUUCUACAAAUAAUGAAAACCAGGCGUCAUCGAAAGGUUUCGUAGAUAAUUCUUUUACUUCUGAAUAUCAUCAAGGUUGUAAUGGAAUAGGCUGUAGUACACCAAGCUUAGGAAACAAUGGAGCAUUUACUAAGCAACCUUAUUAUAGCAGACCCGGUGACUGUGGCCCAUCGGGAUGUGGUAACUUACCAAAUAAUGGUGCCUCGUAUUCUUACAAUCAACCCAAUUACCAAAAUUCUGGAAAUUCUUUAGAUAAUACAAAGUGUCAAGGCAGUUAUUGUGGAAAACCAUCGUAUACAAACGUUGGUACUUCUAACGUUCCAAAUCCUAAUUGCGGACCAUCAGGUUGCAUUCCACAAGGUACCGGUAACACACCAUCGUAUAUUCAGCCAGGAUACGGAGGUGUCAUUUCGCCUUCAACAACAGGACAAGGUUCAUCAUCUCCAUCACAGAGUUGGUCUACUCAAAGUACUGUACCUCCUUCUUCAGGUGGCUACAACAAUCCAUACUCUGGCACAUCUUUUAAGCCUACAUCACCAAUUGCUUCUCCUAACACUGAACUUGUACCUCCAAACAAAGACUCUGGAGUUAAUCCUAAUGAAUCAUCAUUUGAUAACAAACAAGAUAAUCCAGUAUAUACAGGCGGAUAUGGAAGUUCUACAUACAUUAAUCAAAAUGGUGUCACGAAGCCCCAUGAAUCUGCUGCAUCCCCAAGUCCGUUCGGAUCUUCUAAGCCAUCUUAUUUCCCUUCUACGCCACAAUAUUCACAUAAUACAAAUAUUCCAUCAAAACCAGUAAAUGGAUAUGACUUAAAGCCUUUCGGCUCUCCUAAGCCUGACAACAAUAAACAAGUAUAUACAGGAGGAUUUGGAGCUCCUAAAGGUCCUAUCGACCAAAGCAUUCCCGCAAAACCUAAAGUUACUACGACAGUAGCUCCGAGCACCCAAGCUAAUAUUAGGCCUUCCAAUACCCCAACAGAAUCACCAUAUAAUCCGACACAUUCCGGCUCAUAUAAUCCUAUUCCAAGUUCACCAGCUCCACAAGCUGGAGUCCCUCAGUCGACUGGCUCUAAAGAUAGUAAAAAAGGAGUGCCAUAUACCGGUGGUUUUGGUGGCCCAACUGGAUUCCUAAACCCUAAUGAUUACAGCAUACCUGCAAAGUUACCUACACCUAGCACAGGUCCCAGCAUCGCUCAACCGAUUGGCUACAAUGCACCUACAAAACCGUCUACACCUAACACAGGUCCGAGCGCUGCACCAUGUACUUCAAAUAACUGUGGAUCUAAGUCCAGCUAUGCGACUUCGUUGUCGAGUGCUUCACACAGUGGUGUUGGGAAUGUUCAUGCACAAGCAGCAGCGAGUGCCGCCGCCUACACCGGAGGUUUUGGCGGUCCGCCUGGUUUCUUAAAGCCGUUCGACGAUGGAAAAGUUCCUAGCGCCGUAGAUAUUAACGGAGUACUGACCAGUUUACAAGAAGGCAAUGGUAACUUGGGGUACAGCAACACCAAUAACAAAAACGCAGCAAAUGGUGUUCACGAAAAUGGUAGUGGCAACACUGGCGCAGUAGCACAGGCCAAUGCUGUUGCUACUUCGAGCGCGGGCGCUUACGGGUUGGGUGCUGGCCCCAGCGGAGGUGGUGCGAAAGGUUGUUCGCUUGGCUGUGGCGCCACCACUGGGAAUGGAGCUGAUGGUUUCGAUGCGCACAAUCACGGGAUCAACGCUGGUGCCGUGGCGUCAGCUAAAAGCGUAGCCGGUGCUGGCUCGUACGGUGCCGGUGGAAGUUUUACCGGUAGCUCGGCUUCUGCACACGCCUCCGCGGGAGCUGCGACUAAAGGAGGUACAGCGCUACCUGUCUGUACUCGGCGUGGCGGUGUGGGGACGCCGCCGCUCAUCGCACCGAGUCCCGAGAUGGUCGUGAUGCGCCUCAUGUUCCUGCGCAUCGCGACACCACCGGAGGAGGAUGGCCUAAACAAGCCCCCCGUUUGGGACCUCUGUUCGGCCAAGGGGGCCAACACCCCCAAGAAGAGGGGCCUGCCCUGUAGUACGAGCCACCUAGAUGUCGCGCCUAUUGUCCGCGCCGCAUCCACCGGCGGCCGCUGGGCGAGCCACUCUACUACAAAUUACCUCAUACCCACGAUAUUGGGUUACGAGAAUCUUCAAGGUUCCCCUUCGGGAGUAAAUAAAGGUGGUAUAAAGGCGAAGACGAGGCGCAAUGGGGCGCAGUUGAGCUUUUGUUAUUCCGAAAUGCAUACCCCGAUCGUUUUUCUUUGCUGCGUCGUAGGUUACGUUGCGGCCCACAAUGUGCGGCGUGAGGCACCCUACCCGCCAUCAUACAGCAACGGGUACAACUACGAGCCAUCGCAGCGGCUGUUCUGGGGCAACGGCGGCAGCAACCAGGUCGGCGGGACCGGCCUGUGGGCCACGCUCACCAACAAGUUCCCCUUCCUGAACAACAUGUUCGGGAAAAUCGAAGUGGAGCCGGCGUACAGGUCCCUGGAUGUGACCCAGCAAUACUUCCCGAAUGGAUACCAGUACCAGUCCCAGUAUACCCAGCCUCAGUAUAUCCAGCCUCAGUACAUCCAGCCUCAGUACAUCCAACCUCCUAACGGUCGGAAUGUGCCGUUCGCCCGAGACGUCGGACUGACCGAUGACGCUGUUAUCAUCACCCCGCCGGACGUCCCCCUUGUUGACCAGCCCCAACGUCCCCAAUUCCCGACGAGGCCACAAGUCCCAAGUGGCCCGCAAUUCCCGAGUGGUCCCCAGAACCCGACGAGGCCCCAAAUUCCGUCCGUCCCGCAAUAUCCGGUGGCACAGCCCGCCCCCGAGCCGGUGUCCGGAUAUAGCUACGACAAACCUCUCUACCGGUUGGAGCUACCUCACAAGUAAACCAAAAACUGAUCUAUUAAAGUUAGUUAAGUCGAACGAGUGCUUAGGAAACGAAUGGAAUUGUUAAAUAACUUC